UCAAACAGCUGUCAUUGACAUACGAAUUUUGCGCGAUCGCGGCUUCUCUACUUUCGCAGAAAAUUAUAAAUUUUUGUAUUUUACAAUUUUUUUGAUAUAUUCUAUUAAAAUUAUUAUUUGUACUAAGUUUUUAGGACUGAUUAAAACCUAAAUUUGCACGACGUCAUGUUGGGUGACGAGGAAACCGGUUGGGAUGACGGCAUCAAUUACAAAGCCAUUUCAUGUGAGAAAAUACCAGACCUAUUUUUGGACAAAUUAGUAGCCAAAAAUCAUUUUAGUAAAUUUGGAAAAAUUACACGUUUCAUAUUACGCCCCAGCCGCCAAAGUUGUACGGUGGAAUAUGAGACGGAAGCACAAGCCGAGCGCGCUUUGGAUCAAGCCGGGGAUUUCAAUGGGCAGGAAUUUCAAAUAGAAUUUGCUACCCGUGAGGUAGCUCAUGUACAAAAUACAGAAGAAUGGGUUAAUCCUGAAGUACAAGCUGAAUUGGAUGCGAUGGGUUUGCGUCAAAGUGUGCCAACAUAUAGACCGCCAGCUGCUGCAAUGUUACCACCGAUGAAGCCGAUGUCGCUGCGCACACAAAAACCACCUGCACAACUUCCGACUACGGCUUCCAAACCCGCAAAGGCUGCUUCCGCAACGGAGUUGCCGAAAAUUGAUAAUUCUUUGCGACAGGAAUAUGAGGCCAUCUUACGAAGGCCUGCUUACAGCGACGAAGAAAAAUAUCGUGUUUUGGAUGCGCGUGACAAAUUAAUGCGUUUAAUAAGACCACGGCAAACAGAUAUCAAAAAAGUUGAGCGAACUAAAGGCAUUUGUCCUGACAUGUGUCCCGAGAAAGAGCGUUUAAUGCGCGAAUUUCAAAGACAAGUUUCUACAUUCGAAAUGUGCGCGGAAGAUGAGGAAAGCACAUCCUCUAUAUCACACAGACGUGCCAUCAAAGAGUAUUCGCGCAGUAGCGCUGAUCAAGAAGUGCCACUGGCACAUGAAUUGCGACCUGAAAGCGUGCUACAAAUGACAAUGCUGUACCUGAUGCAUCGCAUUUUGGACCUUUGUGAGGAUCCACAAACUUCUAUCGCCGACUGGUUUCACUUUGUAUGGGAUCGUACACGUUCCAUUCGCAAAGAUAUCACUCAACAAGAACUCUGUUCAUUAGGUACGGUCGAAUUGGUAGAACAAUGUGCGCGUUUCCAUAUACACUGUGCCGCUCGUCUAGUGGCCGAAGAGCCGUCGGUGUUUGAUAAAAAAAUCAAUGCUGAAAAUUUGACAAAAUGUUUACAAUCGCUUAAAUAUAUGUAUCAUGACUUGCGCAUCAAGGGUGUACAUUGCCCAUGUGAGGCCGAAUUUCGUAGCUACAUAGUCUUGCUGAAUUUAGGUGACUCUAAUUUUCUGUGGGAGUUGAAGCAACUACCAACACAUAUACAACAUUCGAAUGAAAUUAAGCGUGCAAUUGCUUUUUAUAAUGCCCUACAAAAUAACAACUACGUACGCUUCUUCAGUAUGAUACGCGAAGUGGAAACGUCAUAUUUGAGCGCCUGCAUUCUGCUUGGCUACUUUAAUAAAUUGCGUUGGCGUGCCAUGGAGGCCAUUAAUAAAUCGCACAAUUGGCGAAAAAAUGCUAUACUUCUACCGCUAGCAUAUCUUACGCGUAUACUUGGCUUUGAAGACGAGGAAGCGGCAGCACAAUAUUACACCUAUCAUGGCUUAAAAUGCGAUGGGCAACGUGUAGUGUUGGAUCGCUUAAAGCGACCAGAUGUGGAGUACUCCAUGGAACGUGCAUUAAAUCUGGUCGAGUCGAAGCGCACUGUUAGCGUGGGUGAAUGCGUUUGUGGACAUACGCUUGAAUCGGCGCAUAUAUUCGAAAGUCAUUCGCCACAUAACAGUUUUGAUGAGAAUGGUAUACUUAAGUCAAUUGCCUGGACAGCGGAAGAUCAGUUACGCGGAGAGGCGGCAGAAGCACGCAAAAAGGAACGUGAAUUGGAAAUACAGCAGCAGCAGCAGCAACAACAACAACAUCAACAACAGGAAGCGUUAAAAAUACCGAAACGCCCCUACUCUCCUGCUCUCACACAGCCGCUAGCUAUCACCGCGGGAGCGAGUGUUUUUAAAGUGCCACAAAUUGCAUCGUCCAUUUCACCCUUGCCGACAAAGUUUAAAGCUCCACAAUUGCCCCAAAAACCAAGCGAGCCCUCUAUUUUUGGCGGUAAUCAGUUUGCAGAGCCUAAGCCAAAAGCACAAACAACGUCAUUGACAAAUUUUAAAUUUGAAGCACCACAAAACGCAAGCGGUAGCAGCAGUAGUGGUAGCAUAUUCGGCGCGUCAGCAAACGAUGUCAGCAGCCCGCUUUUCAAAAUACCUGGUGCUACUACUAAACCGACCAGUACGUUUGCCACUGGCAUUAGUAAUUCGAUAUUUGGCGGUAACGCGACAACUGCUGCGACAGCGUCGUCCUCUAAUGGUGGUUUUAUAUUCGAUGCUGCCAACAAAAAUACCCACGCCGAUAACAUAUUUAGUAGCGUCGCGAAAUCGACAACUAGCAUUUUUCAGCAAGCACAGCACCCAAAGCUAGAACCCAUGCAAAAUGAUAGUGUUUUCCAGCAUUUCAACACCAAGCCGGGUUUCGCAGAUUUCGCAGAUGAGCCGCAACUUGCUACUUUCCGUGACACUUCCCCGAAACCAUUUACAGCAGCGCCACAGACAACAGACGGACAGGCAGCCAAGCAGCUAGCCGAAGCCGAGGCUAAAGCAGCAGCUGCUAAAGCCAAAACAGAGUUGGAAAGGCGGCGCAAUGAGGAAAAGGCCGCAGAAGCGGCGAAGCGACAGCGCGAAGCAUUGGAGCAAAAGCGCUUGGAGAGUUUAAAGCAGUUACAACAACGUGCCGAGCGCGUUUGUGCCGCUGAAGUGGAGAGCGUUGUCGUAACGCAAGUAGAAAAUAUUGCACAGACUGAACUAAUCAAAUAUCAAAAGUUCGAAUGCGAUUGUAAGAGUAUUGCCGAAACGUUGCUUGAACAGUGCAUAGCCACGCAGCUGGAGGAGUUGGCCAACGAAGAGUAUGCCAUGAUGUGCCAUGAUCAGCUCAUGUUGAAUCGUUACUUUGAACGGUGGCUGCGCUACACACGCAAAAAACAAAAACAACGCGCGCUCAUGGAGUCCACACCCAUAUGGGUGACAAUGGACACGCGUGCCGAGCAAACCGCCAAGUUAAUGCAUCCGAAAGAGUCGGAGAAUUUGCAGAUGAUCAAACGCUAUCGGCACGGAGAGCCAUGCAAUUUCGAGCUAUUGCUCUGGCAACAUCCCGAGACCGUAACGCGACCCUGCGCCACCGUUGACAUAUUCGAGGUGAUACGUGCGCAUUUGACACACAAGCAAACAGUAAACUGCGGACAGCUGCAACAAAAUAAGUAUUUUAAAUUGCUGCUAACGCUGCCCAAUGACAGAGAUGAGUUGCCCGGCUUCGAGAGUUUAUGCAACAAAUGGCUGCAGAAACAUUUGCGACGUAACAAUAGCGCCACGGAGGAGCUGCAAGUGGUGGAAACCGAUGCUCAGCGUAAGGUAACUGCAGAGACUAGUCCAUAUAUUUGCGGUGUGGAGCUUGAUGUGGCGCUUUGUGUGAGAAAAGUGAGCGGCAUACCGCCACUAAACGAGAGCGGCCAAAUCGUGCGCAACGAAUGUGACAAUAUGGAUGCGAUUGUCUGCCUUAUGGGUUGUGACAGCAUACAGAGUACGCGCAAACGCAUACACCACCUGCUCAAACUAAGCCGACUGCAUAAAGCUGUGCCGGUGGCUUUUGUCGUCUACGAUGGACAGUACACGGACGAGUUGGAGCUUAGUGAUAUGCUGGAAAUGGAGAGUUUAAUGAGCGCAGGUCGAGUGUCGGCGUAUAAAUUCUUUGGUUGUUUGCAAACGAAAAACGAAUUCUCUUUCGUGCAGCUCAUGGGACGCGCUCUGCGUUUUGUAACGCGUGAAAAUCGAUUGUCGAACAAAGAAAGCGUUGUUUUGCAGAUGCAAACGUUGCAGAGUUGGCUGGAAACAUGCUUAGGCGAAGAAAUGUGGCAACGCUGGCAAUUCUCCGCCGAACAAAACCCAUCGUUCGCGAAGAUCUGUAGCACGCCGCAAUAUUUGGUGAAUUUGUAUAAUGAGGCGGUGCAACGUGUAAUACACAUGGCCACAGUCGAUUUUAGUGAUAUGCCAGAGUUUCCCGAAGAGUUGCGUAAAUUUGUACCCAAGUUAAAUGUGGAUAUACCGCUUGGCUUGGAAUAUUUUCCCAACGACUGGAAGUCUGCGCAGCGCCAACAACAAAUUGCACAAUUUCUACAACGUUUAUUGCUGGCGCCCGUCAAAGAAGCGCCCAACUUUAAGGACGUCGAAGACUGGGAGCUAUGGUUGUUAAAUUAUGCGAGUGCAUGCAUACCACACGAUGAAGAAGCUGCCACAUUGGCUAGCUAUCAAGCCAUUAAAGCACUAAUUGAGCAGCUGAAACGCGCUGACUUGGAGGACAUCGCUACAUCAACACGCUUUCAGCUAAUUAACUAUUUAUCGAUUAUAAAAGCAAUUGCCUACACGCUGAUUAACGCUGUGCUUAAGGAGUACAUUGCAAAUCCGGAUGCGAACGCCUACAAAUUGCCCAACGAGAUUAUUUAUCAACAACAAGCGCUAGCAGAUUAUCAACUCAUACCAUGGUGGUUGAAUAACGAAGCUGUCGAAGCAGUGAAAAUGGAUUAUACAAUGGUUGAAGCUGAGGAUACCAGCUCACAAGAUAGGGAGUCCUUCGACGAACCGGGUGUGAUGAACAGCGACAUGCUGGACGAAAUUAUAAAGCAAGCCGAAGCGGUUUCACGCAAAGCGGAGCAAAAUUUUUAUUCAAUGAAAAAACAGACGCUCAACGUGGACACAACGGAGUUGUCACGCGAUUUGGAUGCCAGCAUUUAUCAGUUCGAAUUGGCCAAACAAAUCGGCUCGUAUGAUGCCUCUUUUAUAGCAAAAUUAGAUGAAAUCGAUGAAGAUUUAGAGGGCGCGGUUGGCGGUGCUAUUGAGAAAGCGUAUGGUCGUGCCGAUGGUGGAGGCGAAGGCGUAAAUAGUGGUAGCAUAACGCUGUCAAAUCGAAAACGUAAGCAUACGUCGGCUGCUAAAGGUGUUGCCAAUGAUAUGGAAGCGGUUAUGGCACGCGCUUUUAAUGUUAUUAAAAAGGUCGAAGCGGAGCAAGAUCGCGCCGAACGUUUGCACAAGAUCUCUAUGCUGGAUUUAUAGUGAAAACAUACAUAUGUCUUGAACAUUUUAUUGGCGCAUAAUUUGGACAGUAUUUUUACGCGAAUUUAAUGAAUGCCCAUUUGGUAUAAUUUAUACAUGUUUGCUUAGACAAAAAAACUGGGCAGCGAAAUAUAUAAAUUGAGAUGGUAUAAUUUUA